UUCUGCAGGAAUAAUUUGUGCAUCACUGGCAUUGGGAGAGGCUGGAAUAGAAAUGUACGACCUUGUCUCUUCCUGUUCUUUGGUGCAGAAAGGUGACACAUCACUGGUGGAUCCCACAUUUCAAGAGACUUCAUCAUCAGGUAUUAAUGGGAGGGUUACUGUGGCAUUUCUUCCCACCAUGAAUGUUGUAUCUGGUUUGUCACAAGAUGGUGAAUUGACCCAGGAUCAGUCCAACAAGGCCAUAAAGUGUGGCAUGGAAGGUUGUGCAAGAAUUUUACCAGUUCUUCAAGAAGCCCUUGUUGACACCAUAAAGCGAACUGCAAAGUCCAACUGUAAAAGCUAAUUUGAAAGUGUACGGGAGUAUCUAUGACAAGCUGAAAAUCCUAUCACGAGGGAAUAGUAGUGAACUUUAACAUGAAGGAUCUUUGCUCAAAGAUGAAACAUGUCUUCUGUUGUCAGAGAUCUACUCCUUAAGUUUGCUUUGAGAAGGAAACAGCACUUACAUCUUUGAUACAAACAAUCCUCUUUUCCAGUACUUUAUCAACAAGCUUGAAGUUGGUCACAUGACUUUUUUUUUUAAGUCACAAGAAAUGUUGCGUGACAUACCAAUGAAUGCAUGGUUACUGAGUAAAGCACUCUUAAAAAAUUCAGAUCCAAUGGCAUCCCAUUAUAAGACAAACACAAUUUCCAUAAGUGAAAGAAAUAACUGUACAGUAACAAGACUGCAUUUAGAAUGCAGGCUCAGUAUAUGUGUGUCAUGCAAUAAGUUGCAUAACUGCCAACAGGUUGCAAGGUUCUGAUGGGUGCAAAGUAAUUUACAGAAAUUAUUCCUCCAUUAGUUUUUCCUAUGUUGCAAGUGUGCGAAAAAUCAGCCUUGUUUCUUAGGGUAAACAGUUGCUUUUUCUUUUGUUUUUUCAUGUAUAGUCCAACUAAAGUCUUGCUCUAAGAGACAGUAGAUUUGUCAUUUAUUGAACAAAGGUAUUCAUUGCAGCACAAAGAGAACAAUAUUAAAUGCAGUGUGCAUAACAUAUAAUAGAUAAAUUUGAACUUAAUUGAUAAUCAAUAAAUA